AUGGCAGUCAUUGAACUAUCCCCCACAUGGGCUCUGCCUGCACAAAACUCUGCCAGCUUCUGUUUGAGAAAUACUGAGGAGGAAAGAAUGGUUUCUGGAUUUCCAACAGCCUGCUUACAGGAACUGGUUACCUUCAAAGAUGUGGCUGUGGAGUUCACCCAGGAGGAGUGGAUGAUGCUGGACUCUGCUCAGAGAAGUCUAUACAAAGAUGUGAUGUUGGAAAACUAUAGAAAUCUUACCUUAGUAGAGUAUCAAUUAUGCAAGCCUACUGUGAUCUCCCCAUUGGAUGAAAAAGAGAUAAGAACUAUGAGAAGGAGAAUUGCCCAAAGCAUUUCUUCAGAUUGGACGAUUCAUCUUAAAACCAAAGAAUCAUCUCCUAAGCAGGAUAUUUGGAGGGAGAAUCCGUCCAGUGGAAUGAAAAUAAGAUUCACAAUGAAUGAUUGGUCCUCAAUGUUAAGAGAACACUGGGAAUGCCAUAAGAUGAGAAAACAGCACAAGAUCCCAGAGGGACAUUUGAGGCAAGUGACAUAUACCCAAAAGAAAAUAUCUCAGGAGAGAUUCCGUGACUGUCAUGAAUUAGAGGAAAACCCUAAACUUCGAUCAAAACUUAUUUUUUCACAGAGACUUUACAUCAGUAAACAUUGCCAUAAAUGUUACUCAGGUAUUGAAUGUUCAAAACAUAAUUCAGUCCUAAACAAUCAUCAGAAAAACUUUCUAAGUGAGAGGCUCUGUGAAAGUCAUGAAUAUGAUAAAACUGUGUGGCAUCUUGAAAGAACACAAGCAGCACAAAAAGAUUACACAUGCCCCAAACAUGGUAUACUCUUCAAACAUAAUAAUAUGCUUCCUAUACAUAACAGUUUUCAUAUGGUGGGGAAUUCCUGUGAAUGGAGUAAAAACAAAACCUUUCAUCAUCAUUCAUUCCUUAAGCAGCAAGAGCAAACCCAUACUGGAGAGAAACAUUCUGAAUGUGAUCAGUGUGGGAAAGCCUUCAAAAGGAUUUCUAAUCUUGUUUUGCACAAGAAAAGUCACAUGAGUGAGAAACAAUAUGAAUGUAAAGAAUGUGGGAAAGUGUUCAGUGAUUCCUCAACCUUAAAGAGACAUGUAAGAACUCACACUGGAGAGAAGCCCUAUGAAUGUAAUCACUGUGGAAAAGCUUUCAGUCAAAAAACAUCUCUUAAGGCUCAUAUGAGAACUCACACUGGAGAGAAACCUUAUGAGUGUAAUCAGUGUGGAAAAUCUUUUGGCACAAGUUCUUACCUUAUAGUGCACAAGAGAAUACACACUGGAGAGAAACUCUAUGAAUGCAGUAACUGUGGAAAAGCCUUCAACACAAGCUCUCACCUUAAGGUUCAUAAGAAAAUACAUACUGGGGAGAAUCUUUAUGAAUGCAGUGACUGUGGGAAAGUUUUUAGUGGUCUUUCAUCCCUUAGAAUGCAUGUGAGAACUCACACAGGAGAGAAACCCUAUGAAUGUAAGGAAUGUAGGAAAGCCUUCAGUGUUUCCUCUUCCCUUAGGAGACAUGUAAGAAUUCACACUGGAGAGAAACCCUAUGGAUGUAUUCAGUGCGGAAAAGCCUUCAGUCAGAGCUCUUCACUUAUUAUACACAAGAGAAUUCAUACUGAGAGAGAAACCCUGUAAGUGCUAUAUAUGUGAAAUUGUCUUUUUCAUUGUCUUAAGGUAGACUCCAAGCUCAUUAUUUCAGUCUUUGUUCUCUAAAA